UCAAUACGGGGUUCUCGCGCGAGCCACGUUCAAACAGAAAUUAUUGAUUUAGUAAAAUAUAAGCGGAGUCCGUGGCGAACAAUUUGUAGACUCAAUAUUCCAUAGACAAGCGAUUCCUGAUUUAGCCUAAUGUAUGCACCGGAGUGGUGCGCGGCGCCUGCAGUCCUCGAGCACUCCUCGGCGGAGCGAGCGGCGCCCGGCGAGUGCGCGCAGUGCGUCGGCAGAGCUGCCAGAGGCCGACACGUGUCGAGGGACUACUUUGUAUUGCCGUAUCGGGUCCACCUUCAGUCCUCACCUUCCGUCACCCGCAGCACAGCACCGGCUCACCGGCGAUGAAGCUCCAGACGAUACUCCUGCUCCUGGCUUGCUUGGGGAUGGCAACGGCGGCGUCCACCUAAGCCACGUUCUGCGGCCGGCGCCUGUCCUCGGCCCUGGAGCUGCUCUGCGAGAGCGGCUGGCGCGCCGCCUCGCGCGCCGCGCAGCCGGCCGCCUUCGACGCGGGCGCCGCCGCCGCCGAGGGCGCCGCCGCCGAGGGCGCCUGGCGCAAGCGCCACGUGGUGGCGGAGUGCUGCGAGCAGCCGUGCUCUCUGGAGCAGCUGAUGGCGUACUGCUGAGCGUCCCGUACAGUGUAUCGUACGUCGGCGGCGUUGCGUUCGUAUGACGC